AUGGUCGUUGGGGCCGGUUCAAAGUUCCAUGACAUGUUUGAUCCGCUGUAUGCGGCUGGUAAGAUGAUGCCUUCUGGUGGGACUUCUCCUCCAAGCAUCAUCGGCCUCACGUUGGGUGGUGGAGUGGGACCUUUGACUGGCGAACACGGACUCUUAAUCGACUCUCUACUCUCUGUGGAGAUGGUCACCGGAUCGGGCGAGAUUCUAACGGCGUCGGCUACUGAGAACUCCGACCUCUUCUGGGGCAUGCGUGGUGCGGGCUUCAACUUCGGCGUGGUCACAUCCGCGACCUAUCGCAUCUAUGAUACAAUCAAUGAUGGCAUGGUGUACAACGCAGACAUGUCAUUCGAAGCCGAGAAGAACGCCACGAUAUUUGAAAUCUUCCAGACUUAUCAGGGCACGCAAGACGACAAGCUGGCAUUAACGAUUGGGUCCUCCAUAAAGAACAAUGUCCCAACAAUCGAUGUUUCGGCCAUCUACUACGGCAACAAGCUGCAGGGCGACGCCGCGAUCAAGUCGUUCAUCAACCAAAAUCCAUAUUACAGCAACAUUUCGGUCGUUCCCUACAACCGACUAGUAAGCGUGGCCAACUUUGGCGGCGAUGUAUUCGCUCAGCGAAAGGGUGUUGGGGCGGACAUGUGGGGGUUUCAGCUCAACAAUCUCACUGUACCUGCACUGGUGGACACAUUCACCAAGUACAUCAACUUCCUCCGUGCGAACCCGGCAAUAGAAAAUACCAACUGGAUUAUCGAGAAAUUUGGCCUGGGCGUAACGGCGAGUAUCGACGAUGACUAUACAGCAUAUGCUUGGCGCAAGACUGUAGCCUACGGCUUCUUCGCGUUUUACCUACCUGGCAAUGUCACUGCGGAGCAGACCAGCACCGUCGACACGUUUACCGCGAAGAUGCGCACCAACUUGAUGACAGCAUGCGGAAACCCCGAUGGCAAUGUGUUUCCCAACUACGCACGGGGCGACGAGAAGCCGGAGCAAGUCUACGGCGCGACGAAACUUCCGAGGCUGAGGCUGCUGAAGAAGAAGUAUGACCCGGAGGGGUUGUUUAACCACUUCAACUCUUUCGUAUAA